AUGGGUGCUUGCAUAUCCUCUUUUAGUCACCCUUCUCCUCGACGAGAAGUUGCAGCUACAAAAACUGUGGUGUCAUCUGCAAGCACUCCCGUAACCUUCAGAGAACAUCGGAGUUUUGACCUACCUUUUGAUGGCUAUAAUCCUGAAAUAAACAUAUAUAGAUCUGUUUUACGGGUACCAAAUGAAAAACGUUCUCCCUCUAUAGCAGUUUUGCAAAGGGUUAUUGCUGAUCGUGAGACCCAGGCCAACUGUAAUGUAGUGGGUGGUAUUUCUCCUGUUUCCUCAGAAGGUCGUUUACCAACUCGGAAGAGGCAGAUGAGUAUUGUUGAAAGGACGAGGCGAAUGAGUAGCAUCAUGAAUGAGUUUAGUGAGAGAAUAAAUAGUCUCUUAUCAAUGCGAGAAGAUGAAGACAAUGAAUCUUAUCUAAAACGUGCAUUUUUGCUUUUGGAUUCACAAGGAAGAGAUGCACUCUCUGAAGAGAAUCUAGUAAAGGGUUUGGGUGCACUCCGUUCACGUCAUUUGAUAAGCACGAUGUUUGCAGCAGCUGAUGGAAACAAAGAUGGAUACUUAGAUUGGGAAGAGUUUUCAAGGUUUUUUAGGUACCUAAAAGAGUCUAACUGCAUUCUUGCCGAGAACGCAGAUCUGGAUUUUGCGUUGGAGAGAAACAUGCAAAACAAGAUUAUUCAAAAAACUCCUGUUCGACAAUAUCUUCGAGAUAUUAAGGUAUUAAACUUACCAAGUCAAGCAGGUCGUAUAAAGUGUAUCGCAAUGUCAGGAGAUCUUGAAAUGUAUGCAGUAUCUCAUCGAAAUGAUUGCACUGUUCAUCUUUAUACAUUAGCUGGAAUAGAAGUUCGACAACUUACCGGUCAUUCUAAUUCUCUUUUGGGUAUCACUUUUUCUCCUGAUAAAAGAUACAUUGCUACAGCAUCGCGUGAUUGGACAAUGAUCCUCUGGGAUUCUACUGCUGGUCAAGCUGUUCAGUGCGUUCAACAUGAUGGUGUUGUUACCGCUGUAGCUUUUUCUUUUAAUGGAAGGUUCCUCUACACUGGAUGCCAGGAUAAUAUCGUACGCAGAUUAUCCAUUCCAAAGGGUAAAUUGAAAGCUACUCUAAAAGGUUUUUCAAGUACAAAACCCGGGGUUAUUGUAGCAUUAGCUACACAACACACUAAGAAUGAAUAUGUGGUUUUUUCUCGAAGCUGUGAUAAGAGUGCUUAUAUUGUGGAUGCGUUAAAUCUCGCUGAACCAAGACAGUUGAGUGGACAUAAUACAAUUGUAUGGCAUGUACGAUACAACCCUGACGAUUCUCUUAUUCUAACUGGUUGUGAAGAGAGGUUGAAGAUUUGGAAUGCCCAAUAUCUUACAAUUGUUGCUGAUUUCGAUAGUAAAGCAUUUACUCUUAAUGAUUGUGGGGCUUUUUGCACUGCUGCUGUUUUUUUCCCAUUAGGGUAUGAAAAUAUGCUUAUGGUGUUUACCUCGCGCCGACAAUUUUACGUGAUUAACAUAGAUACAGGGGAUAUUCUCUUGGAUUUUACCCUACGAGCACCUGUAUACGCUUCGGCCUCAGACUUCACAAGCCAUGGUCUUGUUUGCGGUGAUGACUAUGGAAACGUUUAUAACAUAAAGCUCCUGUAG